CGUCACAAAAGGCAAACAAAAGUCCUUCGUGCCCACCCGGGUGGCCACAGUCGAGUUCCAGCCGAGUUUCCGUGACCAUGUCGAACCGCGCGGUAGCAACCUUCGAGAAGCCCCUGCAACAUCUGAGCCUCCCGGAUUGGCACUCCCGGCUGACCACGUUGAAGAAUGUGGCCUACACCAAGCGGUCGGACGCGUUCGAGCUGCGCCACGACGCGCGGAAUCUGCGGAACGAAACCCGGAUCCAGUCGUACUGGGACACGUACCAUAACAAUGAUAAACUGUCGGAUCGGGUGGCGGAGUUGGACCGCUGGCGGGAGACGAUGCGAAUUCUGCUGAAGCGGGUCAACACCGAGAUUGGUGAUUUGAAGGAGGAGAAGGCCUGCACGGAGCGGGACCUGGACGCGUUGAUAACGCCGUUGACGGUCGUUACGGAUAGUAUCAGCAUGAGGGAUUGCCGGCUGGGAUCGGAGUUGACGUACGACGAAGGGGACACGGAGUUGAAGAACGAGCUGUGCAUCGUGGAGAACAACCAACGACUGCUGAGGGAUCAGAACCAGGGAGCUUGGGAGCAGCUGAACCGGCUGCAGGAGGUGAAGUUCAAGCUGGAGCUGGACCUGACGGACAAGGACGAGGCACAGGACAUCGACCAGCAUCAGCUGGAUGUCGACAAGCACUGCGCAAAUGUCACGUUCAAGACGGAACCGACUCGAGUUCCAAAGAAUUCGUGCACCUACGCCAACUGGCUGGAGUACUGCGAAGAGCUUGUACAACUGAGCGAGAAAACCAUGGCGGAUUCGGCGGCCGUCCGAGAGUCUCUGUUCGCGACUCGCGAGAAGGCCCGGAACAUCCUGAAGGCUCAACAGGACCGCACCUCACACACGCUGAGGAAGAGAAUCUUCGAGACUCAACGUGCUCGCAAUGAGCUGGAGUACCAGCAGGGAAAGAUGAAGGAAGAGAUGCAAAAGUGCGCCGCCGAGAUCGAAACCCUCGAGCAAGCCAGCAACGACAAAAUGGAAGCCCUCAAGGUGGUCGAAACCCGCCUCGAGAACCGUGCCCAGCGUUCCGGAAUGGAGCUCUGCAUCGACGAAUCGUACCACGGGCUGUGCGACGAGGUGCAGAAGCUGCGCGACACCAUCAAGGUGCUGCGCGAGAAGAUCAACGCGGCCAAAACGAUGUACAACAAUUUGCACGAGCUUGCGAAAAAGGUCGACCAGGACCUGGAGAACAAGGAGCACUCGCUGAUGACGGACAUCCGCUCGCUGGAUCUGCGUGCUCGGCUCAACACCGGCGAGUUUGGGGGGAAAUCGACGCAAACCGAUCGGAACAUCCACCUGUCCCGGUUGGAGGACGAAAUUCCCAAAUCGUAAAUUCAGUCAACCUGAUGAAAGGGUCGUUGCCAUCGCGUGCACCCAAAUUUGACGUUCGACCUGUUUUUUUGCACCCACACUUUGCUGAUUGUGCAUGUCCAAAUAUGUGCCAAUUAUUGGCGCAUGCAACAUGCAAUGCACUGCACGCUUGAAGCUUUUAAACGCCACUUGCACUCAUUUGGUCGAGCGAUUCCCAUACUAUGUAGCAGCUUUUAAUCGAAACUUUAGUUAAGGACUUGGAGUUGUUGGAAGUGGGUGACACGGCAUCAUAUCUCAUUAUCAAUGCUUGGUGUUGAUUUUUGCUUA